AUGAGUGAUAUUACGCCCCCGGAAGCGGAUACUAGGUCCCAGUCGGAUAUCACGAGCGAAUGUUCCAGCAAACUUGGUGUCGAUGAUGCAGUCCCUAACGACACACUAGGUGUCAAUGAACACCCCACUCAAGCACCCAUCGCCGUUGUUGGGAUAGCCUGUCGCCUUCCUGGACACUGCAAUUCGCCUCAUGCCCUAUGGAAAUUUCUCGAGAAGGGCGGCAUCGCUGAGAACACCCCGCCGGAGUCAAGAUUCAAUCUCUCGGGGCACUUCGAUGAGCACAGGAGACCAAGGACAAUGAAUUCGCCAGGCGGCAUGUUCAUGGAGGACGUCAACCCUGAAUUCUUCGAUGGCCAGUUUUUCAACAUCAGCAAGACCGACUGCAUUGCAAUGGAUCCUCAGCAGAGGCAACUGCUCGAAGUUACCUACGAAUGCCUUGAGAACAGUGGUGUUUCUCUCGAGAUGGUGAGCGGUAAAAGUAUUGGCUGCCUCGUCGGGGCCAAUGCUGUAGAUUAUGAGGCUAUUCAGGCUCGGGAUCCUGAAGACCGACCAGACUCGGCCACGAUUGGAGUUGCUAGAGCUAUCCUUAACGAAAUCAUGACGAUCGACACUGCGUGUUCUGGAAGCCUGGUAUCCGUUGAUGUCGCUUGCCGUUAUUUGAGCGCCAACCAGGCAGACGGGAUGAUCGUCGCUGGGGCUAACAUGUGGAUCAAUCCCGAGCAUAACGAAGAAAUUGGCAUGAUGCGUGCUACUCAGUCGGCCUCGGGGAAAUGUCACACUUUCGAUGCCAAGGCAGACGGAUAUGUCAAGGCCGAAGCCAUCAAUGCCGUCUUCCUGAAGCGACUGGAUGAUGCUGUUCGUGAUGGCGAUCCGAUCCGUGCUAUCAUCCGAGGAACCUCCACAAACAGCGCAGGUCGAACUCCAGGUCUUGCUAGCCCCAGUUCCGAGGCCCAAGCAGCUGCUAUACGCGCAGCAUAUGCUAAUGCUGGGAUUUCCAAGUUCAGCGACACAGGAUAUCUCGAAUGCCACGGAACCGGCACCCUUGCUGGAGAUCCGGUCGAGGUAACUGGCGCUUCGGCUGUCUUUGCCGCACAACGAACCGAAGACCUCAUAGUUGGCUCAAUCAAGAGCAACAUUGGCCAUUCUGAGGCGGCUGCAGGUAUCUCGGCCUUGAUCAAAGCCAUAUUAGCCGUGGAGCGCGGAUUGAUCCCUGGCAAUCCCACGUUUGUCGACCCCAACCCCAAUAUCGACUUCAAAGGCCUUCAAAUCAAAGCCACGAAGGAUCUGGUUCAAUGGCCCUUGUCUGCAAAGCGUCGCGCCAGCGUGAACUCAUUUGGCUUCGGCGGCGCCAAUGCCCAUGUCGUCCUGGACGCUGCCAACCACUCGCCCCAUGUAUCAUCCUACAUUCAAAAUGUUGGAGAUGACUUUUUUGACUUGGGAGACGACGAAGAUAUUUCUGAUGUGAGACCACACCUUUUCGUCUUCUCAGCCAACGACGAGAAGUCCCUCAAAGACAGCGUAAAGAGUCUCGCGGGGCAUUUGCUGAACCCUGGCGUGUCUGUGAACCUCAACGACUUAGCGUACACGCUCUCCGAGAGACGCAGCCGUCACUACUGCCGAGCGUUCGGUAUUUCAAAGACUGCUAGUAUCUCCCAGGAGUCUUUGGUCUUCGGGAAGAAGAUGGCUUCCCCCAGACCGGCCUUCGUCUUUACCGGUCAGGGGGCACAAUGGUCCGAGAUGGGUCGUGAUCUAGUCAAAUUAUUCCCUACCGCCAGACGCGUUCUGCAACACCUUGACACGACGCUCCAGAAACUGCCGUUACCUCCAACAUGGUCAAUUAUUGAGGAGUUGACUGAACCUCGCGCACCAGAAAUUCUGCGCCAACCGGAACUCUCUCAGCCACUCGUUACUGCACUCCAAUUAGCCAUCGUUCAGAUCUUCAAGGAGUGGAAUAUCACCCCAAUAAGCGUCGUGGGCCAUUCGUCCGGCGAGAUAGCCGCCGCAGCCGCCGCAGGGCUCAUCACUUUCGAAGAUGCCAUCACGGUAGCCUUUUACCGUGGCCAAGCUGCAAAGGAUUCCACUUUGCAGGCCCCGUUGGGGAUGCUGGCUGUCGGCAUAGGCGCCGAUGAAGUCGCGCCGUACCUCGAUGAUGCCGCUAAGGGAGCUCAAAUCGCAUGUUAUAACAGCCCGAACAGCUUGACACUUUCCGGUCCAGUUUCGGCUCUGAAGGGAAUUGAAGAGCGUCUCAAAGAAGCCGGCCACUUUGCGAGGCUACUGCAGGUUGACCUUGCGUAUCACUCUGAAUACAUGACUAACAUCGGUGAGACCUACGAGAGCAUUCUGCUAGGAAGGCAACUUCCAACUGCCACUCAACAGAAGCCGGAAACAGCUGUCAAGAUGUUCUCUUCAGUCACCGGUCAGCUCUUGGACACCCUCCCUAACGCCGCCUACUGGAAGAGAAACAUGGUACAGCCGGUGAGGUUCUCCCAGGCCGCCUCUUCUCUUCUCCAGGAUCAGGACGCUGCGAACUUCAUGAUCGAGAUUGGCCCGAGUAAUGCUCUCUCUGGUCCUCUGUCCCAAAUCAAGAAAGGAAUCUCAGGGGAUGCUUCGAGCUUCCAGUAUGUCUCAGCCCUGAAAAGAGGCAACGAUGCCGCGCUUCAUCUAUUCGACGUUGCGGGACGCUUGUUCCUUGCAGGAGGCUCUGUCGACAUAAAGCAGGUCAACCAUGACAACACUACUCCGAGACCAGCUUUCAUCGUGGAUUUGCCAAAUUACUCAUGGAACCACUCCACGAGCUACUGGCAUGAACCACUAGCUAGCAAAGACUGGAGGUUCAAAAAGUUCAUCAACCACGAUCUGCUCGGCUCGAAGAUGCUCGGAAGCCCUUGGCCAUCUCCUAUCUUCCAGAAGACGUUGAAACUGGCAGACAUGCCCUGGCUGGAAGACCACAAACUGGGAAAUCAGGUUGUGUUUCCGGGUGCGGGCUAUGUUGCAAUGGCCCUUGAGGCGGCGUAUCAGACGGCGAUGGUGACAGAAUGGAAAGAAACUGCCCCCACUAAAUACCGGUAUCGUCUGAGAGAUGUCAAGUUUUCUCGCGCAAUGGUGCUUGAGCGGGAUGUAGAAUCACGAUUUACACUCUCGCUCACACCUGUUCCUGGAACGACUCGUUCAUGGUACGAAUUCAGAGUAUCCUCGCAGAGAGACUCGAUCUGGACGGAGCACAGCACCGGCCUGAUUCGCAUCGAAGCCUCUUAUCCAGACGAACCCAGUCCCAGCGCAGCAACGGAGCCGCUUCGCUUCCCAAAGCCGGCCAGCUCCUGGUACAAGGCGAUGGCGGAUGCGGGAUACAACUUCGGCACCGCGUUCCAGAAGCAUCUGGAAGUUGAGUCUACAACGGGGAAGAGAGAGUCCCGGUCACUUGUAUCACUUGAGCCUCCCACAUCUACCUACGGACAGUCUUUCUACCCAAUGCAUCCAGCUUGUAUCGACGGUUGCUUCCAAACUGUCUCUCCGGCUCUUUGGGAAGGUGACAGAACCAGCGUUGGAGCUGUCCUUGUGCCCGCUGUGAUCAAUAGUCUCGUUAUCACCGCUCGGCAGGAGCAGCCUGUGCAGGCAAUCUCAGUCGCCUCCGCAAAGUACCUGGGCAUUGGGCGGACGGAUUCGCCUAGGAAUUAUGGUACGGACUGUUCUGUGUACGAUCCAGCCACCGGGAAUCUUCUGCUUGAGAUGAAAGGUCUGCAGUUCGGCGAACUCGAGACAAGUGAGGAGGAGGUAGCAGGGCACACAUUCACUCACCUGUCGUGGGAUGUCGACAUCUCAGCACUGAUUCAGCAACCAGGCGAGAAACUCUUGGAGUUCCUCAAUGCAGAGAUUCGGGGCACACCAGCUGAAGGAAAGGACGAUGAAGGGGGCGUCGAAUUUCAGCCCAGGGAUGUCGUCGCUCAGCGCAUCCUCGACCUCAUUGCGCACAAGCAGCCAGUGAUCAAUGUUCUGGAGCUGAACCUAGAACCGUCCGAUAACACGAGUCUAUGGCUUCAAGCGACUUCCCAACACAGCAGGGCGAUGAGAGCAGCCAACGCCAGGUACCAUCUCACUUCAACAGACUCCAAUACUCUUGUGAACAUGCAAGAGCAAUUUUCGUCACCCAGUUCAAGUCAGACAUUUGGCUUGAUUGACAGGUCAAAGCCUAUUCUGAUUGCAGACGAUUGUCAGUUUGAGGUUGCCAUCAUUAAGUCCUCGCCGUCUGUCAGCUACAACGAUCUACGGAGCUACAUAGACAGCGUUCUCGCGUCGAUGACGCCUGGCGGAUAUCUUGUUUUCGUCCAGGAUGAAAGCGCCAUCUCAGCUGAUCAGAUUCAAGAUCUUUUUGGUGACAAGACUGCCCAGUUGCAGACGCUCAGACAUGAUGUCUGUCUUGGAAAAGUGGCCUCUCCGAGUGUGGGUGGCUACUUUACAGGUUCAAAGCCAAUAAGCCACGUUAGUCUCACCAACAACACUGGCAGCCAAGUCUCUGAGGACAUUUGCCGCCUUCUGAGAGGCAGGUGGAAUAUACAGAGGUCUGUUGAUCCUGGGAAAGACAUCGCCCCCGGCCAAGCCGUGCUGGUCACAGAUGAAGUCGUCCAGUCCGUUAUGGACUCCCUUGAUGAUUCUCAGUGGCAGCUCUUGCAACACCUCAUUCAAACUGAAUGCAACAUACUGUGGGUUACAACGGGCGCACAGCUCAGUGUCACCGAUCCCACUAAGGCAGCUAUCAACGGCUUUUUCCGCGUCCUGAGAGCCGAAGAACCGCGGCUACGACUGGUCACCUUGGAUGUUGAAGACACCGACGUAGCUUCAGUGGCCGAGCGCGUCAAUGCUUGCCUCGCGCUGCUAGACCAGGGUAUUGAAGCAGAGCGGCUUGACAGCGAGUAUGUGGAGCGUCAGGGAGUGCUGCAAAUCAGUCGAGUGGUUCCGAACGAGGAACUCACGCAGCUCCAAAGCGAUGAGAUCAGUGAUUUCAAGACUGAAACGGUUGAGCUGCAUACCAGUGAGUCUUGCAUCCGGCUCCGGGCUGAGAGGCUUGGCAAUGUGGACGCGAUUCAUUAUGGUGAGUUGUCUGCCGACUCCCUCCCGUUACGAGACGGCCACAUUGAGGUGGAGCUUUACGCAGCAGGCAUGAACUAUAAAGACGUCGUGGUGACCAUGGGAAUUGUGCCCGGAAAUGAGCAUACUCUUGGCGGCGAGGGUAGUGGUAUAGUCACCAGAGUCGCUAGGGACGUAACAUCAUUUGAGCCCGGGCAGCGAGUUGUUGUUUUUGAUAAGGGAACGUUUGCGAACCGGAUCCAGACAACCCCCGGACGAGCGCACAGAAUUCCCGAUUGGAUGUCUUUUGAAGAAGCGUCCACUCUGUCAGCAGUGUAUCUCACGUCUAUCUACUCGCUGUUCGACAUGGCAAACCUCGUCUCGGGGCAACGAGUUCUCGUACACUCCGCGGCCGGCGGUGUCGGAAUCGCAUCUAUUCAGCUGUGUCAGUAUGCUGGUGCCGAGCUGUUUGUCACGGUUGGGACAGAAGAGAAACGAGAGUAUCUCAAGACGACAUUCGGUAUCACGGAUGAUCACAUUUUCUCAUCACGAACAGCAGAGUUCGCGAGACAGAUCUUGGCGGCUACUUCUGGCCGCGGAGUCGAUAUCAUCCUUAACUCCCUUACGGGUGACCUUCUUGAUGAGUCUUGGCGCAUCCUUGCUGAUGGUGGAACUUUGGUUGAGAUCGGAAAGAAAGACAUACUUGAUCGCAACAGUCUUUCCAUGGAGCCGUUCGAUAGGAACAUCUCUUUCAGGGCGGUCGAUAUGUCCCACGAGAGAGCUCCGGAUCAUCUUGUGUCCAGGCUUAUGACCAAAUUAUUCGAGCUCGUGAACGAGGGUCACGUCCGACCAAUCGCUCCGAUCCAUCGAUUCUCUUUCUCAGACGUUCCUUCUGCUAUCCGCUUUUUGAGGGCUGGAAAGCACAUUGGGAAGGUCGUCAUCUCUGACGGGCCAACUGGUGAACCCACGGUUCAGGUCCGGCGAGCUCCGAAGGCGAUCACGUUCCGAAAUGACCGUUGCUACUUGAUCGUCGGCGGCCUGAAGGGACUUUGCGGGUCUCUGGCUGUGUAUCUAGCCAAGAGCGGAACAAAGCACCUUGCUGUCAUUUCUCGGAGUGGGCAUUGCGACGAGAAGUCCCGUGGAGUCAUUGAAGAGAUCAAAGCCCUGGGGAGCGACAUAGAUUGCCUCACAGCAGAUGUAGCGAUCGCAGGCGAUGUGGAACGAGCUUUCCGCUCAACACAGCUCCCUAUUGCCGGCGUCAUCCAGGGAGCUAUGGUUCUUAGAGAUCGGACGUUCUCCUCAAUGACAAUCGACGAGUAUCACGCAGCGUUGGCUUGCAAGAUUCGCGGAACUUGGAAUUUGCACAAUGCCGCUGAAAAAUUAGGCCUGGAGCUUGAUUUCUUCACCAUGCUCUCCAGUAUCUCAGGCGUGGUGGGCCAAAAGGGCCAGGCCAAUUAUGCGGCCGGCAACGCAUUCCUGGACUCCUUCGCUAGCUACCGCCAGCAAAGGGGCCAGCCGGCCGUCUCGGUCGACUUGGGCGUUAUUGAAGACGUUGGCUACAUCCACGAGAAAGACGGUAUGCAGCAGAAGCUCGAUACGAGCAUAUGGACUGGAAUCAACGAGCGACUUCUGCGCAAAAUAGUAUACCUCUCAAUUCUGCAGCAGCAGCAGCAGCAGGCCGGGCUCGUCGGUCCGAGCGCAGCGUCAUCGGCUCAGAUGAUUACGGGCAUACCAGUGCCCCAGCCCGAGAGAUCGCAAUUACUCCCAGAUGCCCGCUUCGCCGCGCUGUUUUCUCGCAGCGGUAACGGCGGCGGAGGGGCGGGCGUCAAGGAUGACUCGGGCUCCAAGGAUGUGCAGGCGUUGCUGAUCCUUCUCCGCUCCGGUGGCGCCGACCUUGCGGCUCAGGUGGCCGCGACGGUGAAUGUUGUCGGCCAGUGCGUCAUGCGGGUCUUGAGGUUGUCGGAGCCGAUGGAGACCAGUCGGCCAUUGUCCGUGUACGGGAUCGAUUCGCUGGCAGCUGUUGAGAUGCGGAACUGGAUUCGGGCGGAGCUCGGCGCGCUGGUGACGACGUUGGACAUCAUAAACGCAACGUCGCUGGAUGCGCUCUGCAAAAAGAUUGUAUUGAAACUGACGGCGACCUCUAUCGCUGAAGCUUAG